GUUGAAGUUGCAUCUCUAUUCCUUGCAGUAACUACUUUGAAAGACCAUUUUGAGUUACAGAAUGGGAGUUUUCUCACAGCAAAAACUUAACGAAUAUCUCCCUAGGGUGGUAAGGUAGAAAAUAGCCCCCGAGAUAUAUCAGUGUACGGGAUCAUGAAAUCCUCUUGAUUUUUAUUUGUUUUCUUAUAAAUUGUUUUCCUUGCAUAUGCGACCUACAUAGCAUUGCGGUCCGAAAGUGACAUCAGAGAUAUAACUCUGCCAGGUCCAAAUUCUGCUCAAAAUGCAAAUGAUCCUUUGGUCUUUUCUUGCCCUUUCUUUUCCAAAUUGGGCAUGGCUGCAGGUUCAACAUCUCCAGGUGCUAAAUCCCAGCUUCGGCAUCCUUGAACAGAACAUAGGCUACCCACGAAAUUUCAGCCUUGAAUAUAUGCCACAGAGCUUCUAUGGCUUCAUCGAUAGCGAACCUUACUCAUACUUCUGCAGUGACUUCCAGAGACAGACUUAUCAAGUUAGUCCUUGGAAUCUUUUGAAAGCAGCACCUGGCUCUAUCAUUUGCCCAAGCUAUAUCCCAGAAAGUCACCCCAAAACUGGAUUUGUGCGGUGGUAUGGGUUCCCAACGCUCUCGCCACAAGAUUAUCGCACGUUUUCGGAUAUAUCGAGUUUUUAUAAAGACCACAGAGGCCAUAUACUUAAAACACCCUUGUAUCCAUGGGACACCAGAAACGCUUGCCCUAACGCAUUCCAGAUUCCGUGGGAUGUGACAUCUUACGGAGUCUACACUAUAUAUUGGAUAUGGAAUACAACCUUGUCGGUCGGUGAUGGCUUUCUUGUUUAUACCUCCUGCAUUGAUAUUGAGCUAGUCCCCGCGAUACCCCUCAAUCCUUCAGCUCCUUCAAAAGGAACAAGCCAAGCUGUAUCUGAACCUUCAUCAACAUUCCAAAUCCCCUGCUCAUCCUCUGAAAUUAGAAGUACUUCUGCGCCAUCAACAACGGCAACAGCCUUUCUAGGUACCACUUCUAGCUCAGCCGCUACUGGUCAACCAUCUUCAACCUUACUACGAACUUCGACGAGCAGAUAUCCUGUAUGGACAACGAGUUCAACUUUUGAUAAGAGCACCUUAACAACUACCAUUACACGAGCUGUAACAUCGCGCUGUCCCCAUUCAACAUCAGCACACCAAUCUUCUGUUGGAAGCACUACACACUCGGUUGAGAUAUUCCCUGAUGCUAGGAUUUCGUCUCGCAACUUCUUGAAUGCCUCUAUUGGUGAUACUAUUUUGUUUUUCUCUCAUAAUGUCUCGUUCACUUUAUAUAACGUAACCUUGGACAAUCUCUGGCGACGUCAGGAAGAGAUCGGAAAGGUCGGAGCUACUAAUAUGCUCUAUCAAGUGAACAACAGUUUACCAUCCUGGCUUCUUGCCAUUCAGAGCAAUAAAUCCCCAUGUCACCUGGCCACUCACUUUGCGUUGAACCCUGGGAAACUCUGGAAGCAAUUCUUGCCAAAGGCCCAAGAAUACUCUUUUAUAUGUGUUGACAGACUUACCACCACUCUUCCACCUCUGCCACCUCCUACAGUUACAAGUUACACAGUUGUCCACACAACCCUCUCAGAUAAUGAGUGAUCUGCUUGAUUUAUGCUAUUGCACCUAUUUAUUGCCCUUUAUUUAAUUGUAGCUUCUCAAUAAAGCUCUUUGUAUGUAG